CCUGCGGUAUAGGCUGAUUGCAGCUGCUCUCCUCUUCUAGCCAAAGUUCUUUGGCGCGCUUGCUCGCAAGUCAGCAACGUGCACGUCUUUGGUCGAUUGUGUCCGCCGCGUGCGAGCGUCAUCGGGGACUUUAAUUCGUGCGUGUGUUUGUCUCGUCCGUACUUCUCUCGUAAUAAUUAAACCUCUUGUCUUUGUUAUUCCUCGUUAAUCGUCGUCAUAAGGAUGCCGUCCGACGCUAAGAAGAAGCAGCAGCAAAAGAAGAAGGAGGCUGCUAAAGCUAGACAAAAUGGUAAAAAGUCCGUAGGGAAUCAUAAGGUUGAGGACAACAUUAGGGAUGACAGUCCUUCAGAAGUGGCAACACAACAGAAUGGCACCAACGGCACUAUUCAGAUUCAGAUGUCUGCCGAGGAAGCGCUAUGCGCUAAAUUGGAGGCGGACGCGCGUCUGAAUGCGGAAGCAAGGGCAUGUACUGGUUCCUUGGCUUCACAUCCCCGCAGUAGAGAUAUAAAGAUCUCAAAUUUCUCUGUUACUUUCCAUGGUUGUGAAUUGAUGCAGGAUACAAUGCUUGAGCUCAAUUGUGGUCGUCGAUAUGGUUUGCUUGGAGCCAAUGGAUCAGGAAAAUCUACGUUGUUGUCAGUUUUGGGUAAUAGGGAAGUACCUAUUCCUGAUGCCAUUGAUAUCUUCCAUCUGACAAGAGAAAUGCCUGCUAGCGAUAAGUCAGCUUUGCAAUGUGUUAUGGAAGUUGAUGAGGAGAGAGUCAGGCUUGAAAAGCUUGCAGAGGAACUGGUUGACUGUCCAGAAGAGGAUGCUCAGGAGCAACUUAUGGAUGUUUACGAAAGGUUAGAUGACAUGGCUGCUGACACAGCUGAAGCUCGUGCUGCCCACAUACUACAUGGUCUUGGAUUUACUGCCAAAAUGCAAAACACACCGACAAAAGAUUUCUCUGGAGGUUGGAGAAUGCGAAUCGCACUUGCUAGGGCAUUAUAUGUGAAACCACAUUUACUUCUCUUAGAUGAACCUACAAAUCAUCUUGAUCUGGAUGCUUGCGUGUGGUUGGAAGAAGAAUUAAAGACGUACAAAAGAAUUUUGGUUAUCAUAUCUCAUUCACAAGAUUUUCUGAAUGGAAUAUGUACAAAUAUUAUUCAUCUCAACAAGAAACAACUAAAAUACUAUACUGGUAACUACGACGCUUUCGUUAAAACAAGAAUGGAACUGCUGGAAAAUCAAGCUAAACAAUACAACUGGGAACAGGAUCAAAUUGCCCACAUGAAGAAUUACAUUGCUCGGUUUGGACAUGGUUCCGCAAAGUUGGCUCGUCAAGCUCAGUCCAAGGAAAAAACAUUAGCGAAAAUGGUAGCCCAAGGUCUUACCGAGAAAGUCACCAACGAUAAAGUUUUGAACUUUUAUUUUCCAUCUUGUGGUACAAUUCCACCACCCGUCAUAAUGGUCCAAAACGUCAGUUUUCGUUACGCUGAUGACGGUCGCUGGAUUUACAAGAAUUUAGAAUUUGGUAUUGAUUUGGAUACUAGGUUGGCACUUGUCGGACCUAACGGUGCUGGUAAAAGUACCCUAUUGAAACUAUUGUACGGUGAUUUGGUACCUACAAAUGGAAUGAUCAGAAAAAACAGCCAUCUUCGUAUUGGAAGGUAUCACCAGCACUUACAUGAACUAUUGGACUUGGAUAUGUCUCCAUUGGACUAUAUGAUGAAAUCUUUCCCCGAGGUUAAAGAACGGGAGGAAAUGCGUAAAAUCAUUGGUCGUUAUGGAUUGACUGGCAGGCAACAAAUUUGUCCAAUUCGACAACUAUCGGAUGGACAGAGAUGUCGUGUUGUAUUUGCUUGGCUAGCCUGGAAAGUUCCUCACCUUCUGUUGUUAGAUGAACCUACCAAUCACUUGGAUAUGGAAACGAUUGAUGCCUUAGCUGAUGCAAUUAACGAUUUUGAUGGUGGCAUGGUGCUAGUUUCUCACGAUUUCAGAUUGAUCAAUCAGGUUGCAGAUCAAAUCUGGGUAUGUGAAAAUGGCGCUGUCACCCAAUGGCGAGGUAACAUUCUAGAUUAUAAGGAACAUCUCAAAUCCAAGGUUAUAAAGGAUAACCAGAAACGACAAAAGGAAAUGGCUGGUCAGAGCAAAAAUUAGUU